AUGGUGGGCUUGGCUUGCGCCGUAGUGGCCUUGCGCCAUAAUGGCCCUGCGCUUAGUGGUCGCGCCAUAGUGGCCCGCGCCAUAGUUUCCGUUUUCCUUAUUUUUAGAAUAUGUAUUUUUUGGUUUCAGUCUUGUUCGUGUUAUAGUCCAUUCACUGAAUAUGUCAACACAAACCUUACAUUAGCGAAUCCUUCGUCUAGAGAUGUUUACUUUAAAGUCAAGACUACAGCACCGAAAUUUUAUUGUGUUCGUCCAAAUUCUGGGAUUAUUAAGGCAAAGGACAAAGCACAAAUUAAUGUAAUGCUUCAACCAAUCGAUUCGCCUGAGAUUUUGGAAAGCGAACGAAGCCGCCACAAAUUUAUGAUACAGAGUGCAUUUGCUCCUGAUAAUGCUGAUUAUUCGACUAGUUCUUCGCCAACACCACCAGAACAGUUUUGGAAGGAAGUGGAUGCUUCUCAAGUUAUGGAUUCUAAAUUAAGGGUUAUCUUCCAGUGGCCAUUUGGAUAUUCUCCGGAUCAGGGGUUUGGAAGUGAUGCUGCUAAUUCAUCUGCAAAUCCAUCAGCUGCUAAAAAUUCGGAAAUUAAACAAAUGCUUCGACAACAGGCUGAAAAGCCGGUGAAUAUUCCUACAAUGUCUUCAGAAUCGGAAUUGUUUACUGCUGAUCCUCAAGCGGCUCUUCAAAAAGAAAUAGAAUUACGAAAAAUGUAUCAAGAUGAGAAAGCAAAUUUGGAAAAAGAAAAUUUCGCUUUAAUGGAAAAAGUUGAACAACUUGCUCGUGCUUCACGUUCGGUUGGAGCACUUACUCAACAGGACAGUGUUUCUAUUGUUCAAGUAUUUUUUGACAUUAAUUUUUUAAUGAACCGCCACGAAGUCUAAAAGAGUCUCUGGUUAACAUAAGUACUGGGGCCUUCAAGUGCUUGGCUUGAUUUUGUAGCCUAAGGGUGUGGUUCCGGAUUCUGAACCGAACCCAUAAUAAUUCCAAUACCCAGUUGUGCCUGUUUAUAAGAU